AAAAAAAAAGUCAGACACAGAUAUUAAAUACAUGAUUAAAUUCUUAUUUUUCUCGGACGCGUUUCUGAAACCCCUCUCGUAAAUGUCAACCCGGAAUCAAGGAUUAGGAGUCAUCGAGCAUUCCUCUGGACAGACCCCGAAAGACGGCAAGGCAGGAGGACGUUCAAGCAUGUCUCGAAGCCGCAACCUAGCCACCGCGACAACAGACGAUCAGCCGCACAUCGGAAACUACCGCCUGCUCAAAACAAUCGGCAAAGGCAACUUUGCCAAAGUUAAAUUGGCCAAACAUGUCCUCACGGGAAAAGAGGUGGCUGUAAAGAUCAUAGACAAAACACAGCUUAAUUCUUCUAGUCUUCAAAAACUCUUUCGAGAAGUGCGAAUCAUGAAGCUUUUAAACCACCCGAAUAUAGUGAAGUUAUUUGAGGUGAUUGAGACGGAGAAGACACUGUAUUUGGUUAUGGAGUAUGCCAGUGGAGGUGAGGUUUUCGAUUACCUCGUCGCUCAUGGAAGGAUGAAAGAAAAGGAGGCUCGUGCCAAAUUCAGACAGAUUGUUUCUGCUGUGCAGUAUUGUCACCAGAAGUGCAUCGUACACAGGGACCUAAAGGCUGAAAACCUUUUGCUAGAUGCAGAUAUGAAUAUCAAGAUCGCAGACUUUGGUUUCAGCAACGAGUUUACCGUGGGAAACAAGCUGGACACGUUCUGUGGCAGCCCCCCUUAUGCUGCCCCUGAGCUCUUUCAAGGCAAGAAGUACGACGGACCUGAAGUGGAUGUGUGGAGCUUGGGGGUGAUUCUCUACACAUUGGUCAGCGGCUCCCUACCAUUUGACGGACAGAACCUGAAAGAGCUUAGAGAGCGUGUUCUGAGGGGGAAGUACAGGAUUCCCUUCUAUAUGUCUACAGACUGCGAGAAUCUACUGAAGAAAUUCCUUAUUCUCAACCCGACCAAAAGAGGCAGUCUAGAGCAAAUCAUGAAGGACCACUGGAUGAAUGUGGGUCAUGAGGACGAGGAAUUAAAACCCUACAUAGAGCCACAGCCUGACUAUAAGGAUCCCAAGAGAACAGAUGUAAUGCUGCAAAUGGGCUACACACAAGAAGAACUUCAGGAUUCACUUGUCAACCAAAAAUAUGACGAAGUUAUGGCGACCUACCUGCUGCUUGACUAUAGGAACUCUGAGCUUGAUGAGGGCAUCAACAUGUUGAUCAAACCACGUCCAGGAAGUGACCUCACGAACAGUAAUGCGCCUUCUCCACCUCACAAGGUACAACGCAGCGUGUCUUCUACUCAGAAACCCCGAAGGCCCACAGAUCAGGUUACAUACUCAAAAAGGCCUCAGGGGGAUAACAAGUACACAGCUGAGGAUCCGGGGCGUAAAGGGUCCAGUAGCUCGACCAAAGUGCCACCCAGUCCCAUCGUCCCUGGAGACAGUAAAAAGAGCUCCACACCCUCUACUAACAGUAUCUUGUCCACGGGCACAAGCCGCAGCAGAAACUCUCCACUCACAGAGAGAGCCCUGCUGGGAGUGCAAAACGGCAAGGACAGCCUGAACACACCAGGGUCCCGCGCCUCAACGGCCUCGGCCGGCGCCGUACUCACAUCCUCUUCGUCCUCACGUUCCCGUCAUCACAAGUCCAUGUCCUCCUCAGCCCACCCCUGCCCCGCUGACCUGCACGCACCCCAACCCAGUGGUCCUACCCAGAGAGCACCUGGUGCAUCACCAUCAGCUUACAAUAUCAGCAGCGCUACAGGGCAGGAGCGCACCAACUUUCCACGAGGGGUGCCUGCUCGAAACACCUUCCACAUUGGUCAGCAGAGAGGGGCACGUGAUCAGCAAGGCUCGCCAUAUCACGCUACUCCAGCCUCACCUUCCCUGUCUCAUGGCACAAGCCAGCAGCGGAGACAGCCAACCUCAGGCAUCUUCAGCAAGUUCACCUCCAAGUUUGUACGUAGAAGUCUAUCAUUCAGGUUCCCCAGAAGGAGCCCGUAUGAGGGAGAGAGUCGAGACGAGGGCAGCAGGUCCAUGCUCAGCAGCGCCGACAAGGCAGAGAAGACCGGCGUAGGAGGCGGGACACUUGGCUCGGGCGGUGGGGAUGAAAACAAGGACUCACUCUCCUCCUCUUCUCCAAGGGGUGGAACUCCGCCUCCAUCCGGGAAGGAUAACACCAAGCCUCGUUCGCUGCGCUUCACCUGGAGCAUGAAGACUACGUCGUCCAUGGAGCCCACCGAGAUGAUGAAAGAGAUCCGUAAGGUUCUGGACGCUAACAGCUGCGAAUACGAAGUCCGCGAACGCUACAUGCUCUUCUGCAUGGCUGGCAACCCCUCCCGUGAUGACUUCGUCCAGUGGGAGAUGGAGGUGUGCAAGCUGCCCCGGCUGUCGCUCAACGGCGUGCGCUUCAAGAGGAUUUCCGGCACUUCCAUCGCCUUCAAGAACAUCGCUUCCAAAAUCGCCAAUGAGCUUAAACUAUGAGGGGGAGAGCGAGGGAUAAAGCGGGUGGGUGAUGGUUAGAUAUGGGGAAAACGAGACAGCAAGGAGUAACCACUGAAAUGAGUAGUGAGAUACUAAUAGACAGAUUUUACGGUUUUGUUGAAAAUAAGCUGUACAGAUGCUACACGCUGAAAUCCAGUGUGAGGUAUGAGAGGAAAAAAGUGCUGUAUAUGCUGAUUUUGCUGGUUUCAGGAUCACUAGCCUUUACUCUCAUGUAUCAGGCCAGAAAUGGGGUGAAAGGAAAAACACGGUUAUUUUACUUUUUGUCCACUAUGAGAUGAUGCUGAUUUGAUGAACUCUGCAGUUUCCUAAACUCAUAUCGGUCUUCAACUCGGCACUCACACACUCCGAACAGAGUUCAUAAUAUCUGCACAUACUUUCAUUUGUUUUGCUGUGUGGAUUACCUACAAAACUCACUCCCACUCAACACUUCUUCCUUUUUGUUCUGUCAUGGUUGAACCUCAUCAGCACCCAAAAAAAAUAAAUAAAGAAAAAAAAAAAGAGGGCCACCACUUGAAUACCGCUCAAGGAAUUGUGUGUGUGAUGGUUUGGGUGAUUAACUUCAUUGACUGGGUUGUGAUGUGUUGCACUGGUAUGGGUGUAUUUUUGUUGUCUUAACCCCCCCCCCCUCCCCCCCCCUUCUGAAAAGAAAUCAGAUGUAUUUCAAUGUUGUAAAAUCGGUGAUUUAUGCAUUGUUAUCCUUAGAAUGUGUUUUUAUUUCUUGUGGGUUUUUAAAUCCGUUCAUGUCUUGCUGUAAUGAAUACCACACACAAACAACAGACUCCAGCAAACCUCCUAUUCCCCUUGGACUAAACAAUCACUGGAAAAGACACUGAGAAAGAGGACUACAUCCCCUGCAUCAGCACAGCUGUCGUUAUGAGACUCAUCUCUAAAUGCCUGUUUGGGCUUCAUCUGCAGAGUCCACCUUCCACAUCCAGGACGCCUAAAAAGUUGCAUUUGUUUGGUAGCAAAUCACAUGAGCCCCUACAUCACUUUGAGCAUUAUUACUCUUUUCAUGCUUGUCUCUUUCUUUCGUGUGCAUUAGUCUGAAUGAGAGUGAAUCAUGUGUAUAACCAAAAGUUUGCUUUGGGCUCUUUGUCUUGACCUUCAUGCAGUGAUUGUAUAAAGUAGCAGCAAGCCCACUGAGAACUAGACAUCAAGAGCAGAUGUUUUGGUACCACAUGCUUUAAAAGGUUUAUCAGGCAUAGUAGAGCCAGCUGAGAAAGACAAAUGCAUGCGAGAGAAAGGUGAGCCAUGUCCUGUCUUUCCACUGCGCUAUACAUGUUUUGCAUGCAUGGAUACACACUCGGAUAUUAUCGAACCAGUAGAGGGAGUAACGGUGUCUCUUCCAAGUCUGAGUGGUGGUUGGCAGGACACUUGUGCACCUCUGCAUUUUAUAUCUUUUUUUGUUCCCAGAAAAUGUUUUUAAUGUCACAUUUAUUUGCAGUUCUAUGAAUGAUCAUUGUCUUAGGUGCUGGGGAUCCGAUUGUCAUUAUCUAUUAAUAUAAAUUUUCUUCAGGGUUGAUUUUUAUUUCAUAUCAUUUUUCAUUGCUGUAAUUUUAAUAUUUUUCUUUGUCAGAGCUGAUGUAUGGCAGAGAUAGAGAGAACUCCAAAUGUACAUUUGGUGCAAAGAGAUGAUUAUGAUCAAUGAUAGUAAUAAAUGAAUGAUGAAACUCAAA